CGUCGUGCGCCCGAGUCCCGGGCCGAGCGCGCGCCCUCCGGUGCCCUCUGGCCGCCCGCGCGCUGUGGCGCAGCAGGAAUUGGGUCGCGGCCCGGGCGCUAUUCGCGGCUCCUGACGCGGCGGCCCGCGGCGCUGAGCUCAGCGCUAUUCUCGGGCUCCGGGGCGCUGCGCCCGAGGGUGUGUCCCCGACCCCGGCUCGCGGCUAUAAGGGGCCGCGGGCGGCCGCGGCCAUGCAGCUCUACAGCAGCGUGUGCACCCACUACCCCGCGGGCACACCGGGCCCCACGGCCGCCGCGCCGCCCGCCGCCGCCUCCGCCUUCAAGGUCUCCUUGCAGUCCGCCGGCCCCGCGGCCGCCCCGGAGCCGGAUACCGGAGAGCGCCCGGCCGCCGCGGCCACCGAGUCCCGCGAAGCCGCCAACGCCGCCGCCAUGCCCGCCUUCUCCUCCGCCUGCUUCGAGCGCUCCGGGACCGCCGCCGCCAACGCCGCCACCCCGCCCGGCGCGUGCUGCAAGCCGCCGCUGCCGCCGCACUUCACGUCCACAGCACACAUCGCCGUGCGGGCCCUGGGCGCCGAGCGCCUCCUGCUGCCGCCGUCCGCAGCCCCCGCGCCGCCGCGCCGCUCUUCCUCCGCCUGGCUGCUGGAGGAGCUGCUCCGGCCCGACGAAGCCGCGGCCCCGGUCGCCGCCCGCGACGCGCCCGACAGGAACUUCCGACUGAACGAGCACCGCCAGGCCCUGGCCGCCGCCCAGCACCGGGCCCCGGCCCCAGGCAGUCCCGAGCCCGGCCCCGGGCCGUGGGGCGAGGAGCGCCGGGCCGAGCGGAGCCCCCGAGGUUGGGACCGGGCGAGCGGUCGCAGCGACGCCUCCGGGAGUGACGCUCCUCGACGGCACGAUCCCGAGGCCGAGGCUCAGCCCGUGCCCGCGCUCGCACGGAGCAGCGGCGAGCCGACCCAGAACGGCGCGGGCGAAGCGGUCGGCGCGCCCCGGGCGGACCCGAGAGACGAGAAGCUCGCCCUGUACCUGGCCGAGGUGGAGCGGCAGGACAAGUACCUGCGGCAGAGGAGCAAGUACCGGUUCCACAUCAUCCCCGACGGCAACUGCCUCUACCGAGCCGUCAGCAAGGCCGUGUACGGGGACCAGAGCCUGCACCGGGAGCUGAGGGAGCAGACUGUGCACUACAUCGCCGACCACCUCGACCACUUCAGCCCCCUGAUUGAGGGCGACGUGGGGGAGUUUAUCAUCGCUGCUGCGCAAGACGGGGCGUGGGCCGGGUACCCCGAAUUGCUGGCCAUGGGGCAGAUGCUGAAUGUGAAUAUCCACUUAACUACUGGAGGGAGGCUGGAGAGCCCCACCGUGUCUACCAUGAUCCACUAUCUGGGCCCGGAGGAUUCCCUAAGGCCCAGCAUUUGGCUCAGUUGGCUCAGCAAUGGACACUAUGAUGCUGUUUUCGACCACUCCUAUCCUAACCCAGAGUAUGACAGUUGGUGCAAGCAAACCCAGAUGCAGAGAAAACGCGAUGAAGAACUUGCCAAGUCCAUGGCCAUAUCCCUCUCCAAAAUGUAUAUCGAACAGAAUGCAUGCUCUUGAAAACUCUGAGGACCUGACAGCCGGGGAAGUGGCGUCUGUCAGUUGUUGGGAGAGCCACAGGAACUCUAAUUAGGGUAAUGGCACUUUUCAGCUUCCUAGUACAUUGGCUGUAGGUGUACCGCCUUAAUCAGUGUUUGAGUGUUCUCUCAGCCGCAGGUUGCUGGGCACCUGGACGAUGUUUCCGGAUGGGUUUGGGUGAGCCUACUGCUAUUUAUAAUUUGCUGUAUAAAGUGAGCCCUACCUAGUUUGCAAGCUCAUGUCUCACGGUAUGAAUUUGUUCAUUCCUGGUAGUCUAUUUUCUAUAAAAAUGUAUUUUUGCACAUUUUUAAAAAUGGGUGU